AUGCGCCUCCGAGCCGAGGUCACGGAGCUCUGGACGAAAGCGCAGCUCGCGGAGCAGGAAGCGCAGCGCGUCGAGGAGGAGGCGCAGCGCGCGGCGACCGACGCCUACGAAGACGACUUCGAAGACGACGUCGACGUCGAGGACGCGACGCGCCCUCCCGCCAUCGAACCCGAACUCACGGUCGCGCGCGUCGCCGAGCUCGUCCGCGCGCUCGGAGACGCGCGCGCGCACGCGGCGCGGCGCACCGCGGCGGCGGCGGCGACGACGACGCGGCGUUCGCGGCUCGCGACGCGCGCGUUCGCGCUCGUCGCGUUCCGCUCCUGGCGCGCGGUCCGACGCGCCGAGAGCGCCGCGUGGCGGUGCCACGCGCUCGAGUUCGCGCGGCGACGGUCGAAGGCGAAAGACGCGGACUUCGCGCGGCGCGUCCUCGUCGGAUGGUCCGUCGCGACGCACUCGAGGUUCGUGGACGACGCUCGAGCCGCACAGCUGGCGACGUCGAGGGUUUCGCGGACGAGGCGACGCGCGCUCCGCGGCUGGCGUCAGGCCGCGACGCGCGACGCGCGCAACCGACGCGCGCUCGCCGCUGCGAACAGACGACGAUUCAGAGUCACCGGGCGCGGCGUCGUCGCCGCGUGGCGCGCGUACGUCCUCGCGUCCGUGUGGAGACGGCUGGAAGAUGAAAAAGGCGCGUUCUAUACACUGGUCCCCAUACGACCGCGUUGGCGUGGUGAACGCCGAUCCUUAAGGACUUUUGCCGGCGUCUCUCUCCGCCCACCCCUCGCGUUCAAUCCCCGAGCUCGAUGCCUUUCAACUCCAACUGACGCCUUUCAACUCCACCCCGACAUUCGCUUGUAUGGAAUGGCCCAAAGUCGCCGCCGCGCGCGAGAAGCUCCGCGAGCGGCGGCGAGCGACGCAGGGGAACGCGCGGCGGCUCACGCGGCGGGUCGCGCGGCUCGUGCUUCAGAGCGCGAUCAGGCGGUGGGCGGCGACGACGGCGAACGCGAAGCAGCGCGAGGAGCUCACGGUGAAGAUGCGACGGCGGUUCGCGAUGCUGAAGAAGGCGGCGGCGACGCGCGCGUGGAGGGAAAAAACCGCGGCGACGGCGGCGGCGCGCGCGAUUCUGACGCGCCUCGCCGCGCGCGUUUCGGCGACGCGACGAUCGCGCGCGUUCAGGGACGCGCGGGGGAGAGGAACGAACACGCGCGCGCGCUCGCGGAAGUGUCCACGCGGCACAUUCUCGCGGCCGCGAUCGCGGAGAGGACCGCGGUAGAGGUCGAAGCCGCCGCGCAGGUGGAGAAGCUCAGGAUGGAAUCGAAGCACGCGAGCGAGAUUGCGACGUUAACGCGGAAGCUCGCCGCCGCGGAGGAGCGGUCCGUCGUCGUGGUCGACGACGACGGCGAGAAAGACGCGGAGAUCGAGAACCUACGACGCGCGCUCGGGGACCAGAAGGCGUCGUUCGGGGACGCGCUCGAGUUCCUCGAGCGCGCGCACGCGAAGCUCGUCGUGGACGAGGAGCGCGCGAGACGCACCGCGGACGAACAGCUCGUCUCCGUCGCGCGGAAGCUGGAGAUUGCGACCGCGCGCGCCGACGCCGCGGAAGCCGGGGCGUCGGAGCGUGCGCGGGAGCUGUCGGAAGCGCAACGCGCGUUGGCGGAGCAGACGACGCGCGCGACGGCGACGCUGGAAGAGAUGGAGCGCGCGAAAGUGAAAUUGGAUUCGGACGAGGAGCUCUCGAAAGGGCUCACGGACGUCGCCGCGGAGGCGUCCGCGACGCGGGCGGCGCUCGGCGUGAGCGAGAGAAAACUCGCUGCCGCGAUGUCGUCCGCGGCGGCCGCGGCGGCGAGGGACAGCGCGAAGGACUCCGAGAUCGCGCUCCUGAAGCGAGCGCUCGAGGAGACGACGUCGCUGCUCGUGGAAGCGGAGGUGGCGCUGUCCGCCGCGGGGAUGGGGUCGCCCGAGUCCGCGCGAACGACCCCGCCGCCGAAUCCGCUGCCGAGCACGAUUCGCGAGCUGCGUUCGACGCAAAAGCAGGGAGGGAGCGCGCGGAAGAAGGCGGCAUGGCGCGGCCCGGGGGCGAGGAUGUUCGACGCGCCAAAGACUCCAGCUCCGGUAGCCGCCGCGGCGCGUCGACCUCCGGCGGCGCGGGCGACGCCUCCCUCCGCCGCCGCGGCGAGAGGCGGCGCGUUUGGAACCCCGGCGACGUCCGCCCGCGCCCCCCCCGCGCGAACGUUCGAUCGCGGCGAAGACGAAGGCGUCCACGUCACCGUAGAGGAACCACAAGAGGACGACAGGAAUUGGCAGGACGCGUCCGAGGAUGACGACGACGACGAGGACGCGCGACCUACGCCGCUCGCGACGGCGCGCGCCGCCGCGCCGCGACGACGCGGGAACGACAUUAACGAGCACCUCGCCGUGAAGCUCGCGGCGAUGGAAGCGGCGAACCUCGCGGUGCGUCAAGCCUCCGUGGACGACACGCUCACGCCGUCGCCGUACGUCUCCGCGCGCGAACACGCGGAGACGUCGAUGCGAUGGCGCGCGUCGCCGUACGCGAGCCAGUCCGCGUACGGUCGCGCCCGACCUGGCGCUCGCGUCGCGAAAUCGCAACCGGGACUCGAAGGUUCGCGCCGGCCGUCGCCGAACAGCGUGUUCGACGUCCUCGACGUGUUCCCAUCGCCCGACGGGUACGAUGACCCCGUGGACGUCGGUACCCCUGACCUCUUCGGUGAGUCGCGCGGCGUCGUGAACGUGCGGACGCCGGAUGGCGAGUACCGGAGCUUGAGGACGCACUUGGUGUCGACGCGGUCGCGGUGGGGGACGGGGCGGUGA